AAUAUUUUUAAUGGGUAGGAAGCGUUUUCACAAAUUCAGAACGGACUAGCAAAAGCAAAAACAGCCUUCUUCAAAUUAAAAAACAUUCUGGUAAUCAAAACAAUUUAAAAAGAAAACAAAAGUGAAAUUAUAUAACAGCAUAUGAAAUCAAUUCUAUUGUAUGGAAGUGAAUGUUUGAGGGUUAGAAGGCUGACAUGAGACCACUGUCCAUUUUUCACCAUAGCUGUCUACAUAAAAUGUGGUCAAAUACUAUAUCCAAUGCAGGCCUACAGAAAAUGACAAACUCAAAGUGUAUUAAAGACGAGUUAAAACAAUGGAAAUUUAAUUGGUUAGGACAUGCUGUUAGGAUGUAAGGAUCGAAAAUUCCCAAUGUCGCCCUAAAAUGGACACUACCCGGAAAAAGACCAAGGGGAAGACCAAAGAGCAUCUGACGCAGGACAGUCGAGGGCGAACUAGGAGACCUUAACCUAACCUUGGGGAGAGGCAGGGACCAUGGCCAAGAAGAGAAUUGAAUGGCGAAGACUUGUGUUGACCUUAUGUUCCACUGGGAGAGAAUAGGUGUAUGUUAUCAGAAGCAGACAACAGCUUGUUAUCAGAGCGGUCCAACUUGUGAAAUGACCAUGAGAACGCCAAACACUUGGUUUUGGAGCAUGGACUCUAACUCAUUCAGACGUCUGUUAAAUUACUUGUCAAGUCUUCUCCUGCUAGCAGUCCUGACUGCCCUGAUGACUGGAUACCAUAUGACUCAGUUUAAGCACUCUCUUCACUUUUCUCGGGCAGGAGUACCCAAACUACGAGAAACUAAACCAGAAUGGUGCUCCUCUGUCUUCGAAUCUCAAGCGCUCAUUAAUAGCAGCUUAGUAGAGGACGUGUUUGCUUUAACGCCACCCGACUUCGAACAACAGUUUAAGAAUCCUUGUUUCUACGACGCUUGUUACCAGAGCGGUAAUGGCACAACCAGGAAGCUACGAUGUCUGCCUUAUUUCCAUGUUCUGGGAGUAGACAAAUGUGGUUCCACAGAUUUAUACUACCGCCUAGUCCACCAUCCACAGAUUCUUCCAAACAAAGGGAUACUGAACAAAGAAACUAUGUGGUGGUCAUGGCGACGAUAUGGACACACUCUUAGAAAAGACACACACCAAAAGGAAACGUUUCUUGAUUACUUGCAUUAUUUUGAUGGACUGUCUGAAAGGCUGGAAAAAUCUCAACAUGACUACUACAGAGUAACAGGUGAUGGCACACCCAUGGAUUUCUGGGAUUUUUCCGGAUGGCCACAAAUUCCACAAAAUGUCGGUCUUCAAGAUCCUAAAAUACUAACUCCUCAUUUGAUGAAAUACUUCAAUCCCUAUCUUAAGUUUAUUUUGAUAUUUAGACAGCCAUCCGAAAGGUUAUUUUCUGAUUACAUUUUUCUGAAGCUUGGAGAACCUACCCCCCAAGCUUUUCAUGGGAAAGUUGUGAAAUCCAUUACCAUGUUUAACAAUUGCCGUAAAAAACACACUUUGCGAGUAUGCUUGUUUAACAGAGAACUCCAUCUUAAAAUGCCGGUCCGUUUACAUGUGGGGAUCUAUUCCGUGUUCCUCGAGGAAUGGUUAAAGGUGUUUGACUCUAUUAACUUUUUGUUUCUAAGAACAGAGGAUUAUUCCAGGAACAUUAAAGGCACUCUGAAAACAGUCUUCUCAUUCCUUGGAGUUGACGAACUACCAGAACAGAAACUGAAUGAAAUAUCUGACGCAGAAAAAGUGUACAAAACAAAGAGAAAGAAAAAAUCUGGUAAUAUGAUGUUAGAAACAAAGCGUUUGUUGGACAGUUUUUAUGCUCCUUUCAUGCGCCACUUACACGCUCUAACAAAUGAUGAAAAAUUUCUUUGGCAAGACUGAAGACAUGGUAUUUGUUGACAUUGGUAGUGAGUUGAUCAUUUGAAGAUGCUUUUAAACAUUUAUAACGCAAACAAUAUUCCGUUAAUUUUUUUUUGUGUAUAUGCAUAUCUAAGAAAUUCUCCAAAGAUUUUAUCCGAUGUUAAUGUUUGGUGUACAUCACAGAUAUAGACAGAAUAAAAAUUCAAAUACGUAUGAAUAAGCAAGAA